CAUUGGCUCCGAGGACUUAGGGCUAAUGGCAAGUUCUUCCUUGCUGGGGUAGAUUCCCGGGCUAAGAAACUGGUUCCGAAUCCAAGGGAACCCAGCGCGGAGCGACGCCGGGUCACGUGGCCGGCACCCCCAUGACUUGUGGACUUCGGGGCGUCAUCGUGACGUUCGGUCGACCUGCCCAGUGGCCUCGCUGCGCCCGCCACCUGUGCAGUCGCGGUGCAGUCAUGGACUUGGGGCCGAUGCGCAAGAGUUACUGCGGGGAGCGAGAGGCAUUUGAGGAGACUCAUCUGACAUCCCUGGACCCUGUGAAGCAGUUUGCUGCCUGGUUUGAGGAAGCUGUUCAGUGUCCUGCCAUAGGGGAAGCCAAUGCCAUGUGUCUGGCUACCUGUACCAGAGAUGGGAGGCCGUCCGCCCGCAUGGUGCUGCUGAAGGGCUUCGGCAAGGAUGGCUUCCGCUUCUUCACUAACUUCCAGAGUCGAAAGGGAAAAGAGCUGGACUCUAAUCCCUUCGCCUCCCUUGUCUUCUACUGGGAGCCCCUCAACCGUCAGGUGCGUUUGGAGGGCCCUGUGAAGAAGCUGCCAGAGGAGGAGGCUGAGAGCUAUUUCCACUCCCGCCCCAGGAGCAGCCAGAUUGGGGCUGUGGUCAGUCACCAGAGUUCUGUGAUCCCUGAUCGGGAGUAUCUGAGAAAGAAAAAUGAAGAACUGGAGCAGCUCUACCAGGAGCAAGAAGUGCCGAGGCCAAAAUACUGGGGUGGCUACAUCCUGUACCCACAGGUGAUAGAGUUCUGGCAAGGCCAGACCAACCGCCUGCACGACCGGAUCGUCUUUCGACGGGGCCUACUGACAGGAGACUCCCCUUUGGGGCCCAUGACCCACCAAGGGGAGGAAGACUGGCUCUAUGAGAGACUUGCCCCCUGACUCCCAGGCUGCGGGCGCUGACUGGAGCUGGGGCCUGUGCUAAGAGAGGGUGCAGGAUCCGGAGCCAGGCCCCUCUAAACUCAACCUCUUUCCUCUCCCACCUCUUACCUUCGGAGCUCUUCAGAAUUCAUCCUCCGAGUUCUCUGUAGUCAGCUGGUCUAGUGCAGUAGAACAGUGGCAUAGAUGAUCACAAAUGGAAAAUAAUCCCUUAAUUAUUUUCUUACCUUGGCUAUGAUUGACUAGAAUAGCUCCCUCUAGGGGUAGCAUGGGGUGUAAUUCCCUUUUCUGAUGACAGGGGGUGGGCAUCCAGCAACCUUGUGAUCUUGUGACUCUCAUGUGAUAGUCAUGCUGGCCAGCGCUGAUUGGCCCCAGCAGAAUCACCUGAGCUGGUAUAGCCAAUCAGUUUUUCUUGUCUCCCAUUUGAAAUGUGAAAUGGAGAGACCAGAGCUUGGGAGUCAUUGUAGCCAAGUCAAUAAUGGCAGCCUGGAAGCACCUGAGGCUGCUGCCCUUACAAUUCACUGAGUUGUCCCCUGGAUCCCUCCUUUAUGUCCGGGCUGUGCAAUUCCUCUUCCUACCUCAAAACACCUAUUAUCUCUAAAAAAAAAAAAUUUUUUUUUUUUGGCUUAAUCAA